AUGUCACAUCUUCUGGUGGACAAUACGUCAGGAGACCAACCAGUUAGAGACACAGACUCCAUACCUCUGACGAUGCCAGCCUGGAAAGGUAAGAAUAUAAAAACUCAACCAUCCCUCAGCAAGAUGAGCAGGGAGGAAUUGGAGGACAGUUUCCUUCGACUUCGUGAUGAGCACAUGAUGGUGAAGGCUUUUUCUUGGAAGCAACAGGAUGAGAUCAAAAGGUACCUCAAGACUGCCUUGCUCAGGCUGAGCGCCGUGGGUGGUGGUGACCUGCGGGCCCAGGCGGCGGCGGCGGCGCAGCUCCCAGAGCCGGCAAGGCGGCGGCGGAACGGGGCGUGGCGGCAGCGCCCGGCGAUGCACCAACGCCCCGCGGCGCCCGGGCCGCAGCGGCAGGUCCAGCGCAACAGCAGGUCUUCUCCCAGGCGCGCCCACGUGGCGCACAGACAGCUCCACACCGCUGGAGCGCUGGUGCCAGAGCAACCCAAGAGAGGACCAAGAGAGAGGCUGAGCUACACAGCCCCUCCUACAUUCAAGGAGCAUGUGACAAAUGAAAAAACCGGAGCUGAAAUAUCCAGUGAACCCAGCAAACUGUUUAAUGUUUCUAUCAGUACGAUUUCUUUCAACAAAGCCAUGAUUACAACUAAACUCAUUGGCCUAUGCAUGAUACCUAGCAGUGCACACAUUAUGACCAGCAGUACCAUGCAAGUGGAAGAGCCACCCAAGUCUCCUGAGAAAAUGUGGUCCAGAGAUGAAGAUUUUCAACAGAGAAGCUCAUUGGAGUGUGCUCAGAAGGCCACGGAGCUUCGAGCUUCCAUUAGGGAGAAUGUAGAGCUGAUUCGACUUAAGAAGCUCUUACAUGAAAAGAAUGCCUCAUUGUUAGCGACAAAAACACAGCUCGCAGAAGUUCAAGAGGCAUAUGAAACCAUGCUCCAGAAGAAUCAGGGAAUCCUGAGUGUAGCCCAUGAUGCCCUCCUUGGUCAAGUAAAUGAGCUCAGGGCAGAGCUGAAGGAGGAGAGCAAAAAGGCUGUGAGCUUGAAGACCCAGCUGGAAGAUGUAGCCAUCCUGCAGGUGACUCUGAAGGAGUUUCAGGAGAGAGUCGAAGAUCUGGAAAAAGAACGAAAAUUGCUGAAUGACAGUUAUAACAAACUCUUAGAAAACAUGUUGGACAGCAGUGCUCUCCCUCACUGGGGCAGUGAGCUCAUAGGAGAACAGCUACAGGAUAAAGUCUCUCAGUUGCAGGAUCAGCUGAACGCUGAGCUGGAAGAGAAGAGAAAAAUCUUACUUCAGUUGAACAGAGAGAAAGCCCAAAACCAGGAUCUGAAGCUUGAAGUCACCAACUUGCUUCUGAAGCAUCAACAGGAAGUAGAGAGCCUCCAAAAGGAAAACACAAUUUCCCAAUCUCCUGGAGGGCGAUCAGAACCAGCCACUCACCCAGCUCUGUUCCAAGAGGCUCCUCAGAUAGAGCCCUAUGAAUCAAGAAACCAAGAAGAACAGAAGCUGUCCCAGAUGUUAAGUGAAUUGCAAGCAUCGCAUGCAGAGACCACAUUGGAGCUAGACAAGACUAGAGACAUGCUUCUUCUGCAGCGCAAAAUCAGCGAGUGUUAUAAGGAGGAGCUGGAGGCGUUGAUAACAAAAGCUGAUAAUGAAAAGAAAGAUAACCAAGAGAAACUGGAGAGGUUGAAUCAACUGCUAGACCUCAAGAAAGAUCGUAUCAAGCAGCUGGAAGGUAUUUUAAGAAGCCACGGCCUUCCAACAUCUGAACAGCUCAAGGAUGUGGCUUAUGGCACCCGACAGUUGUCAUUAUGUCUGGAAACACUACCAGCCAAUAGCAAUGAGGAUAAAGUGGACAUUUCUCUGCUGCAUCAAAGUGAAAAUCUUUUUGAACUGCACCUUCACCAGGCCUUCCUGACAUCUGCUGCCCUGGCUCAGGCUGGUGAUACCCAACCUACCACUUUUUGCACCUAUUCCUUCUAUGAUUUUGAAACUCACUGUACCCCAUUAGCUGUGGGGCCACAGCCCCUCUAUGAUUUCACCUCUCAGUACGUGGUGGAGACAGACUCCCUUUUCUUGCACUACCUUCAAGGGGCUUCAGCCCGGCUUGACCUUCACCAGGCUAUGGCCAGUGAGUACCACACCCUUGCAGCUGGAUGGAUUUGCUUUGACAGGGUGCUGGACACUGUGGAGAGGGUCCGUGGCUCUACCACUCUUACUGGUAAGUGGUGUUUGCCUUCAGCAGCUUCCAGGACUAAAGCAGAAUUUCCUAAAGUCUGUAGUUCAGCCUCUGCCUUUAUUCUUGAUCCUUGCCAUGCCAUCUAUAUCCUCCAUGCCUUUAAUACUUUCUGCUACCCAGGAGCUGGUGGAGAGGACUUUGGAGUGCUAGAGUACUGGAUGAGGCUUCGCUUCCCCAUAAGAUCGAGCCUACAGGCAUGCAGUAAGCAAAAGAAAGCCCAGACUUAUCUGUCAGCUAAUGUGCUUGGAGCCUGGGAGGGCCAGGAGGAUGAGUCCAGAUCAAAGGCUUGGAAGCAUCAGAAUGAGCUGUGGGUGGAGAUCAUCAGGUGCUAUGGCCUCCGAAGUCAACGGCUGGGCACCCAACCCAGUCCGUAUGCCAUGUACCGCUUCUUCACCUUUGCUGACCAUGACACUGCCAUCAUUCCAGCCAGUAACCAUCCCUACUUUAAAGACCAGGCUCGAUUCCCAGUGCUUGUGACCUCUGACCUGAAUCAGUAUCUGAGGCGGGAAGCCCUACUUGUGUAUGUGUUUGAUGAUGAAGACUCAGAGCCGGGCUCAUACCUUGGCCAAGCCCAAGUGCCCUUGCUGCCUCUUGCACAAAACAAAUCUAUUAAAGGUGAUUUUAACCUCACUGACCCUGAGGGGAAACCCAAUGGAUCUAUUCAGAUGAAACUGGAAUGGAAGUCUCACUACCUGCCCCCAGAAAACUUCCUGAAACCAGAAGCUCAUACUGAGGAGAGUGCCAUCAAGGACAGUUUAGAGACCAUAUAUGAAGAGGAAAUGGCUUCCUUUCCUCCCCAGGACCAGAUGGCAUCUGUUGAGAUUCCCACUGAAGCUGGCCAGGAUCAUGUAAAGAGAAGACCUCCUCAGGUGGGAGAGAUAAAGGAAAAGCAACACCAGAUUGAGAGCUACACAAGAAGAAAACAUGGCAAAAGAGCAGGCAUCCAAGGAAAGAACAGAAUGGAGUACCUUAGUCGUAGCAUCUUUAGUGAAAAUGUACUACAGCAGAUGAACUACACUGAGUGGAAAUUCUCAGGGCUUAAAGUCUCUAUAGAUGAUGAUUUAAAAACAAAUCAGCAAAAGGAAGAGACUAUGACAUCAGCCUGCUCAGCAUUGAAACAGAGGAAACAUCCUGUAAAUGGUCAAGAAUCCUAUGAAGAAGCUUCUGAAGUCAGUGAAACACAGACUACCGAUAGUGAUGACAUCAUAGUGAUACCCAUAUCUCAAAAAUAUCUUAAGGCAGAUUCAGAGAAGAUGUGCAUUGAAAUUAUCUCCCUGGCCUUCUACCCAGAGGCCGAAGUGAUGUCUGAUGAGAACAUAAAACAGGUGUACGUGGAGUAUAAAUUCUAUGAUAUACCCCUGUCAGAGACAGAGACUCCAAUAUCCCUGAGGAAGCCGAGGGCAGGAGAAGAGAUUCACUUCCACUUUAGCAAGGUGAUAGACCUGGACCCAUUGGAGCAAAAAGGUCGAAGGCAAUUUCUGUUCACCAUGUUGAAUGGAGAAGAUCCUGACCAAGGACAUUUGAAGUUUACAGUGGUAAGUGAGCCUAUGGAUGAUGAAAACAAAGAAUGUCAAGAAGUAGGAUAUGCAUAUCUUGAACUGUGGCAGAUCCUGGAAUCAGGAAGAGACAUUCUACAGGAAGAGCUAGACAUUGUUAGCCCCGAAGACCAGGUCACUCCAAUAGGAAGGCUGAAGAUUUCCCUACAAGCCGCUGCUGCCCUCCAUGCUAUUUACAAGGAGAUGACUGAAGAUUUGUUUUUGUGAUAUAACAAGUGCUAUUCCAUUCUAAAAUCUGAGGGAACAAUAGUAAAAAGUCUCAUAAAGUAACUUGCUAUACCAUGAAUUUGGUCUGCUGUGAUGUCUGGUAUCUCUCUUAAGAAUGAAAGCAUAGAAUGAAGAAAGUUAUCUUUGUGAUACUAACUUGAAAAGGCAUUUUUGUAAGGCCUUGGCACCUUAUCAGGUGAGAAGCAGGCUUGCUUUCAAGAAUUAUAAAAGAACUGUCACAAAAGGUAAAUUUACAAGAACAAAACAACGACAACAAAAAAAAACCCACAG